AUGGACUCUGCCUUCAUCUUGGGUCGUGGUGGCAAGACAAAGCACAAGAUUGCACGAGUGUCUGGAGCAACGCUGGAGCUGCACGAGCACAACUGCACUGUGGAGAUCAUCGGUGCAGAGCCCGAGCGUCGCAGAGCAAGGAAGUACAUCAACCUGGUAAGGGCCCAGCGUAUUGGACCUGUUCACGUCACCCCCGAGCAGCACGAUGACGGGGACCUAACCAUGAUCCCCGUGCCUACGAGCUGCGUCGGCUUCGUCACUGGCUCACAGGGGAACUUCCUCAGGACGUGUGAGGAGGAGUGGGGCACACUCAUGUUCUUCUGUGACUAUCAAGGUCCCGGCGGAAACCCUGGAGACUCGGAAAACUUGGCCAUCUUCGGAGCCCGAGCCGGGCGCACGGGCGCAGAGCUAAAGGUGAUGGCGGCGAUCGAAGCCAAGCUGCCGUACUUCUAUACUAAGAACAUCACUGACACCUGCUGCAAUGACGAGUGGGGGCGCGACACCAUCCCUUUGGGGGAUGAGGAGCUGUCCUUCGCCCUGGGCAAGGACGGUGCCACCCGCAAGAAGCUUGCAAGGGCCAGCGGUUGCAUCCUUGAGUAUGUGGGGCAUGCAGCCUUUCUUGCCGGAUCCCUCCCAGCACGGAGGCGAGCAAGGGAGUACCUGGGAUGGCUGCUCAAGCAGCGGACAGGCACAGUGUAUGUGGACACCCACAACAGAGCCUACAGCCGCAUGUAA